UGGACUGGGACGGUCCUGUCUCCACGCACCGUGUGCCGCCGCGCGCUGUCAGACCUGCGGGGCCCGUGGAGUUUUUCCACAGCGACGAUUCGAUCCGGACUCACAGGCAUGCAGCAGCUGAUCUGCUGACACUGAAGAGAGGAGGCGUCGAUGUUAGGCUGACAAAAUGAAGACAAGAGAAGAUGUGAAAAUAAUCAACCAGGGUCUGGAGGAUGAGAUGGAAGUCAGCGGCUACCGGCCCUGUCUGUGGAAGAUGGUCCUGGUUGGGGUGGGUGCGGUUUGCUCUGGGGGUCUCCUCCUCCUGCUGCUCUACUGGCUCCCAGAGUGGGGCGUCAAGGGGACUUGCACACACACGUCUCUGAGCGAUGCUCACACCCUGCUGCUCAGAACCAAGGAUGAGUUCAGGCAGUGGUUUCGAGUCAGAGUCCACAGGAUGCUGGCUCCAGCCACGAAGCCCUUUGACGAUUUGGAUGUAAAACCCAGAAUUCAGCUCCCAAACGGAAACGUCGGUCAUCAGGUCUGCUCUGUUCACGAUGAACAGCUUCCCCAGGAGCAGCAGGUUCAGAUUCAAUAUUUCACACACCACAGCUUUAGAUACUACUGGAAUGACGCCAUCCAGAACUUUGCAUUCUAUCAAGGCCUGGAGGAUGUGAAGGUGAGCUGUGCCCACAUCCACUGCGAACACAGCCGUGGGCUGACCAAAGCACUGCAGGACCACAGGAGGUUGUUUUUCGGGGAGAAUGAGAUCGCUGUGAGAGUCCCCUCUCUGUUCAAGCUUCUCAUCAAGGAGGUGCUGAAUCCUUUCUACAUCUUCCAGCUCUUCAGUGUUGUUCUGUGGAGCGCCGAAGACUACUACUACUACGCCACAGCCAUCGUUUUCAUGUCGGUCAUAUCCAUAGCUACCUCACUGUACACCAUUAGGAAGCAAUACGUGAUGCUGCACGACAUGGUGGCGUCUCACAGCGUGAUGCGAGUGUCGGUGUGCAGAGGAGACAAAGACACAGAACAGGCCAUGUCCACGGAGCUCGUGCCCGGUGAUGUCAUCGCCAUCCCGCCCAAUGGGAUGGUGAUGCCGUGUGACGCCGUGCUUUUCCAAGGGACCUGCGUUGUGAACGAGAGCAUGCUGACAGGCGAAAGUGUUCCAGUGACCAAAACCAGUCUGCCCAGUUCGGGCGACGAGGCGGCGAGGAGAUACAGCGUGGAGGAACACAAGAGACACACACUGUUCUGUGGGACCCACGUCAUCCAGACCCGAUUCUACUCUGGCGAGUUGGUGAAGGCCGUGGUGAUCCGAACAGGCUUCAGUACAGAGAAGGGCCAGCUGGUGCGCUCCAUUCUCCACCCUAAGCCCACAGACUUCAGGCUGUACCGGGACGCCUACCUCUUCCUGCUGUGUCUGGUGGGCGUGGCGGGCAUCGGCUUCGUCUACACCAUCGUCCUCAGCAUCAUGAACAAGGUUUCAGCUAAAACCAUCAUCAUCGAGUCUCUGGACAUCAUCACCAUCACUGUUCCGCCGGCCUUACCGGCGGCCAUGACAGCCGGCAUCGUGUACGCACAGCGGCGUCUGAAGCGCGUCGGCAUCUUUUGCAUCAGUCCUCAGAGGAUCAACAUGUGUGGCCAGCUGAACUUGAUCUGCUUUGACAAGACUGGCACCCUAACUGAGGAUGGAUUGGACCUGUGGGGCAUCCAUAGAGCAGAACAUGGCAGCUUUGUUGCUCCGGAGCCGGGCCCAGCCGAGGAGCGCCUGGUGAAGAGCGCCUUCGUGGCCUGCAUGGCGACCUGUCACUCUCUCACCAACAUAGAAGGAGAGCUCUCUGGAGACCCUUUAGAUCUGAAGAUGUUUGCCUCCACAGGCUGGGUCUUAGAGGAGCCGACAGAAGAAGAAACCGCGCUUCACAAUCCGCUGAUGCCCACAGUGGUUCGACCUCCAAGGCGAGACGUCACUGAAGACGGUCAGAGCCAGUCACAGGUCCAGAACACGUCCUGUGAGAUGGGCAUAGUGCGACAGUUCCCCUUCUCCUCGGCCCUGCAGAGGAUGAGUGUGGUGGUCAGGAGGCUGGGGGACAAACACAUGGAAGCCUUCCUGAAGGGGGCACCGGAGGUCGUGGCUGGCCUAUGCAAACCACACUCAGUCCCACAGAGUUUCACUGAGACUCUGGAGAGCUACACCAGGCAGGGCUUCAGGGUGAUUGCACUAGCACACCGACAGCUGGAGUCCAAACUGUCCUGGCACAAAGUCCAAAUGCUCAGCAGGGAUCUGAUAGAGACCAACAUGGAGUUCCUCGGGUUGAUCGUCAUGCAGAACAAAAUCAAACAGGAGUCGGCUGGCGUUCUGACUGAGCUCCGGAGGGCCAACAUCCGCACUCUGAUGGUCACAGGGGACAACAUGCUGACAGCUGUCUCUGUGGCCCGAGACUGUGGCAUGGUCCUUCCACACGAGAACGUCAUCGUCGCUGACGCUGUCCCCCCCAGGGAUUCGCGCCCCCCUUGCAUCAUGUGGCGUUACGUGGACAACCCGGCUCAGACCCCCAAAGACGAUCAGACUGCACAGAUCCUCGUGGAGGAGGAGAUGUAUCACUUCGCUCUGAAUGGAAGAACCUUUGCUGUUAUCACAGAACACUUUCCUCAGCUAAUGCAGAAGCUCGCACUUAGAGCCACCGUGUUCGCGCGCAUGGCGCCAGACCAGAAGACCCAGCUGGUGGAGAUCCUGCAGGGCAUUGACUACAUUGUUGGGAUGUGUGGCGACGGCGCCAAUGACUGUGGGGCCCUGAAGAGAGCACACAGUGGGAUUUCUCUGUCUCAGCUGGAGGCGUCGGUCGCCUCUCCCUUCACUUCCUCCACCUCCAACAUCUCCUGUGUCCCCAACCUCAUCAGGGAGGGACGAGCCGCCCUCAUCACUUCGUUCUGCGUCUUUAAGUUCAUGGCUCUCUACAGCAUCAUCCAGUACAUCAGUGUCAUUUUGCUUUACUGGAUCCUCAGCAACUUGGGAGACUUCCAGUUUCUCUUCAUUGACCUCGUCAUCAUUCUCAUCAUCGCCUUCACAAUGAGUCUGAACCCAGCGUGGAAGGAUCUGGUGAGGCAGCGUCCUCCGUCCAGUCUGAUCUCGGGCCCGCUGCUCUGCUCGGUUCUGACCCAGAUCCUCACCUGCCUGGCCUUCCAGGUCUUGGCUUUCUACCUGGUGCAACAGCAGAGCUGGUACGAGACAUGGACGCCUCAGUCAGACGCCUGCAACAUCUCCCAACCCAGCAGCUUCUCCGACCGCCGGAACGGAACGACCUCUCACGACCACAAAAACAUCCGCAACUACGAGAACACGUCCCUCUUCUACGUGUCGUCCUUCCAGUAUUUAGUCGUGGCCAUAGUUUUCUCCAAAGGGAAGCCCUUCAGGCAGCCCAGUUACAAAAACUGGCCGUUCAUGCUGUCCUGUGUCGGCCUCUACUCUUUCCUCCUCUUCAUCAUGCUGUACCCCAUCUCUGCUGUUGAUAACUUUCUAGAGAUCGUGUGUGUUCCACAUGACUGGCGUCUUACUCUGGUCAUCGUUAUUGCAGCGAAUGCCGUCGUGUCCUUCAUGUUGGAGAUUUUGAUCGUUGACAUCAUCUUGUGGAGGCUUGUUUUCAGAGGAAGUCAGGGGGCAAAUGGCCCCAGAGCGCCCUCCUCUGGCGACACACCGCAGGUUGCUAACGACAGCUGGGGCGCGUCGUUCCUGUCCCGGUUGUUCUGUCGGAGGAACAAGCCGCAGAAGGUUCUGUACAGGCACCUGGCCCUGGAGCUGCAGGACGACGCCGACUGGCCCCCCAAACCCUCUACUGUCACAUACCCCACCGAAGCACAGCCCCACGUCUCUGCGGCCCUCUGAUCCCUGCAGGGGGUGUAGCCCGACGUCUCCUACUGAUACAGACUAACACACACACACACACACACGGUCUCUUACUCGAUGUCCUUCAUUCUUACCCGCUAUAUCAAAGUGAACUAAACUCUGAAUCCUGGCUUGAGCCUGAGGUCUUUCCAUUUUUGAAGCCUUGCAUGCUAAUGCGAAUGCUAAUGCUAUGGAGCUACUGUCAUGAAUCAUACUUGAAUGUCCUAAUAAAUGCAGAAAUGACAAGAAUACUGUAAAAAAUGGUUUACCCUUAUUCAGAUUUUAUCUCUUUUGUUGUCACAGUUCCAUGUUUCAGAUCACCAAACAGACAAAGAGAACCUGACUGACUCCAAAGUGUUCAACAGACGUAUGUAAAAGGUCAUUUACUCCUGACCCUAAGAACUGCCUGAUCUGGGUUGCGCAAAACUUUGCAGAUGUUCCUGUAAUUACAAAAGCCAAUGCAAUUUUGCAAUUGCAGUGUUUCCAUUACAUAAAAAAUGCAAUUAAAAUCAGAAGAUAAAUUAUUGAAAAUCAUUCCUCGCCAUCAUCCUCCAACUACUUCCUGUCGACUUCUUUAUGGUUGUUGAUCAUGUGACUUCUGUGAUGCAAAAAAAAAGAAAAAAGUGUUUCCACUGCAGUUUCGCAAAAUAUAACAAUUUCAGUACGGCCAAAAACAUCCCUCCACCUCACCUUACCCCAAACAUUUCAUCGAAAAACGCGAUUUUUUGUAAAGUGCUGUGUUUCCAUUAAGCUAAACUAUUUUCCAAAUGUCAAACUGUGUAACUAUAUGGUCGAUGGAAACACAGCUUGUUUUACCUAAGAAGACAACAACAGAAUUCAAGAACUGCUGAUUAAUCUUUUACUGACUGUGAAAGAGUUGUGGUUCACUCUAAAUGGCAGAAUUCUUGAAUUCAGUCAGACUGGAGAGUUUUUGAGCAUGUUCCACAGGUCUUAUGAUUGUUUGGACUGAAUUGAAAAUCAAAGUGAUUUUCAAUUCAGUCCAGUUCAUUUAUAAUUCACGAGGUUAUUUCAGCAAUAGUCGCUCGCGUUGUGUCACUAACUUUACUGCAAUCCAUUAGACCGAUCAUGCAUGUUGGGACAGUGAGGAGGAAUAACUCCCCUUUAACAGGAAGCAACUUCCAGCAGAACCAGAACCAGAACCUGGCUCAGUACAAGCAGCUGUCUGCCUGGGGGUUUGAGAAGACAGAGCAGCAACAUAAAACAGAAACAGGAGUAACUUCAUUGUUAAUAAAAAAGUAACAAUUAACAGCAGGAGAGGGAGAAGGAUUAUCUCAGCCAACUGCUCUAACAAGAUGGACGUUUAUUUUUUCACAUAGUAGAAAUAAUGUCAGAAGAGGUUUCUGAAUGAAAUCAUCCCUCUCUGUGUUUAAUCAGGUUUUCUGUCUAAUGUCAAAAUUGGCUUGUUGGUUUGAUGAUCUGAAAUACAUCCUUUAAAGUAAGGAGUAGAUACGUUUAAAAACAAUUUUUACAGUUUAUAUUUCAUAUCCUGUCAUCUGCAAGUCAUUUGUAACUUGAGUUACAAAAAGGUUCAGAAGUGGUACAGAAUAUAAUUGCACAUACUGAACACUGACUGCUGUAAUAAUAGUGUUUUUAUGAAUUCAUCUUACUAGGCUUACAGUGCUGAGACAAAAUACAAAUACCGCAGGCGACUCUGAGUUUAUCAUGGAGUUUAUUCUACUGUCAUCAAGCCGUCAUUAUUCAAAUAAACGUGAAGUUUAACAUGAACAGGAUGACCUGCGUUUAAGGAUAAAUGGAAGAUUUAGUCAUAAACAAAAGAAAGUAUGCCCUCUUUCAUUUCUAGGCUCAUCUCUCUUCAAGGUUCUAAAAUGAAUUUAUUGGGUCUCUGGAGCCAUUUUGGUUCAUCAGACUGUUGUGGAGAUUCUUUUGCACACUUUUCUUUCCAGCUUAUGAAGAAAACUACCUCUGUUUCAUGUCUUUGAGGUUUCCUGCCACAUGGGGUACUUGGGCCCAAGUGAAGAAGACAUUUCUGACAAAAAAAAGUCAUAAAUUUUGAGAUUAAGCUCAGAAAUUUUCUAGAAAAAACUUGAGACAGUUUUGAGUUUGAAAACUCCAAAAUUUGCAAGAAAUAAAUUAUGAAAUUUUGACAAUCUCAGAAGUUUUCUAGGAAAUGUGCAUUAAAUAUGUUGAUCAGUAUUCCACUUACUGCAAAUCAAUAGCAAAAAUAAAACCAUUCAAAUGAAAGAGGGUGUCAUUGUACUGGUUAUUGUAAGCUAAGUUUAUUAAAAGUACGCAGUGCUGUUGUACUUUUGAGAAAGAAAGCAUUAAAUUAGCUUUUUUUUUUCUUUUUUAGAGUCAGAAUUCUUCCUGUGGAAGAGAGAAAAGAAACAACCACCUGUCUUCCUGUAGAUGCUUUGGUCCUCUGUUUCUGAUUGAUGUCACUGUCUUUUUUAUGAUUAUGGAACAUUCCACUUUAAUAAUUGCAUAUUAAAUGUCAUGGAACUAAAAACUUGAUUUUAUCAGAUUUUUGUGUACGUAGAGUCUUGUUUUCAUAAAGUAUUUCCCGGUCAGCUCCACAAAAAUAAAUCUGUGAAAAUGUGGGAAAAGUCUCAUUUGAAU